CGCCACUUCCGGCGCGUUGGGGCUGUUGGUCGGGGGCGGCCGCGCGGCGCGGGCGGGCGGCUCUGGGGCGGACGCGCGCAGGGAUGCUCCGCGGGGCGGCGGCGGCGGCCGUGUGGGCUGAGGCGGCGAGGACAGCGCGGGCCCCCGGGCCUCUCCCCUGAGCCGGCCGUCCGGGCUGCGCCGCCGAGGCCCCUUCAGCCUCCGCCCCUUCAGCCUCGGGGCCGGGCCCGCAGCCGCUUCUGAACGCGGAGGCCGGGAGCCCCUGCCUGGGCCCGGAGCCUCCCCUCGGGGGUCGGGCCCGGGCGGGGGGCCCCCCGAGCCGCUGCCCUCCUCACCGGCCUCCGAGCCCCAUUUCCUGCUUUUUCAGUUUCCUUGGGGAGGGGCGGGUGGUUCUAGAUGAAUUGUUCCGGGGGUCCCCGAUGAGGCGGGCCGGGGGGCCGCGCUCUUUUUAGAGGGUCCCCGCGGGGCCCGGGUGGGGCAGCGGUUGUCUUUGCAUGGGCGGGGGAUUUCCCGAGUCUGCCGGGACCAUGACCUGAACUGUGCGAGCGGGACGUGUCCGAAGCUCGAGAGCCAGCUCACCUGAGCCGCCCCUCCCCCGGCCAGCAUGGCAUCUGAAGAAGCCUCCCUCAGGGCAUUGGAAAGUCUGAUGACAGAAUUUUUCCACGAUUGUACAACCAAUGAAAGAAAACGUGAGAUAGAGGAGCUUCUUGAUAACUUUGCGCAGCAAAUAGGAGCCUGGAGACUCUGCCUAUACUUCCUCUCCAGCACUGGGAAUGACUAUGUCAUGAUGUAUAGCUUAACGGUGUUUGAGAAUCUGAUCAAUAAAAUGUGGCUUGGGGUCCCAUCUCAAGAUAAGAUGGAAAUCCGUAGCUGCUUGCCCAAACUCCUUUUGGCUCACCACAAAACCUUACCUUACUUUAUCCGGAACAAGCUCUGCAAAGUUAUUGUUGAUAUUGGCCGUCAAGAUUGGCCCAUGUUCUACCAUGACUUUUUUACGAACAUUGUACAGUUGAUCCAGUCCCCCGUGACAACCCCCCUCGGGCUGAUCAUGUUGAAGACGACUUCGGAAGAGCUGGCUUGUCCCCGCGAGGACCUCAGCGUGGCUCGGAAGGAGGAGCUGCGGAAGCUGCUGCUGGACCAGGUGCAGGCCGUGCUCGGGCUGCUGACAGGUAUCUUGGAGACUGUCUGGGACAAACACAGUGUCACUGCUGCCACCCCACCACCAUCCCCGACCUCAGGAGAAAGUGGUGACUUACUGAGUAACCUGUUGCAGAGUCCUAGUUCAGCCAAACUGUUGAAUCAGCCAAUCCCCAUCCUUGAUGCGGAGAGUGAGUAUAUCUGUUCCCUGGCCUUGGAGUGCCUGGCCCAUCUCUUCAGUUGGAUUCCUCUGUCUGCCAGCAUCACCCCAUCCCUCCUAACCACCAUCUUCCACUUUGCGCGCUUUGGCUGUGACAUCCGGGCCAGAAAGAUGGCAUCUGUUAACGGCAGCAGCCAGAACUGUGUGUUGGGUCAGGAGCGCGGCCGGCUUGGGGUCCUGGCCAUGUCCUGCAUCAAUGAACUCAUGUCCAAGAACUGUGUGCCUAUGGAAUUCGAGGAGUAUUUACUACGUAUGUUCCAGCAGACUUUCUACCUCCUGCAGAAAAUCACCAAGGAUAACAAUGCCCACACGGUGAAGAGCAGGCUGGAAGAACUCGAUGAGAGCUACAUCGAGAAGUUUACUGACUUCCUGAGGCUCUUUGUGAGUGUCCACCUGAGAAGAAUCGAGUCCUACUCCCAGUUCCCCGUGGUGGAGUUUUUGACGCUUUUGUUCAAGUACACGUUUCAUCAGCCUACUCAUGAAGGUUACUUCUCUUGUUUGGAUAUCUGGACGCUCUUUUUGGACUAUCUGACAAGUAAAAUUAAAAGCCGUCUGGGAGACAAGGAAGCAGUUCUCAACAGGUACGAAGACGCUCUAGUCCUUUUGCUCACGGAGGUGUUGAAUCGAAUCCAGUUCAGAUACAACCAAGCCCAGUUGGAGGAGCUGGAUGACGAGACUCUGGAUGACGAUACCUUCUGUCUAAGAGUGGACUUGAGGUUGCGGAUGAAGGGGCAGGGGAGAUGUCAAGACUCUGCCUUUCUGGGAGAGCUGAUCCUUCUGUUUCCCCUGCAGCAGCAGACAGAGUGGCAGCGAUACUUGCGCCAGAGCUUGGAGGUGGUGGCCAAGGUGAUGGAGCUCCUUCCCACACACGCCUUCUCAACACUGUUCCCAGUUCUUCAGGACAAUUUAGAAGUUUAUCUGGGGUUACAGCAGUUUAUAGUUACUUCAGGGUCAGGACACAGGCUGAACAUCACUGCGGAGAACGACUGCCGGCGACUGCACUGCUCCCUGAGAGACCUGAGCUCCCUCCUGCAGGCUGUGGGCCGGCUGGCUGAGUACUUCAUCGGAGACGUGUUUGCAGCGCGGUUCAGCGACGCCCUCACGGUCGUGGAGAGGUUGGUCAAAGUCACUCUGUAUGGAUCUCAGAUAAAAUUGUACAACAUUGAAACUGCUGUGCCGUCAGUACUGAAACCUGAUCUCAUCGAUGUGCACGCUCAGUCCCUGGCUGCUCUGCAGGCUUACUCUCACUGGCUAGCACAGUAUUGCAGUGAAGCUCAUCGACAGAACACACAGCAGUUUGUUACGCUCAUCUCCACCACCAUGGAUGCAGUCACACCUCUGAUCAGCACCAAGGUCCAGGACAAGUUGCUGCUGUCCGCAUGCCACUUACUGGUCUCCCUGGCCACCACCGUGCGGCCCGUCUUUCUGAUCAGCAUUCCCGCGGUGCAGAAAGUGUUCAACAGAAUCACCGAUGCCUCUGCUCAGCGACUUGUCGAUAAGGCUCAGGUGUUGGUGUGCCGAGCCCUCUCUAACAUCCUGCUGCUUCCAUGGCCGAACCUCCCCGAGAAUGAGCAGCAGUGGCCUGUGCGCUCCAUCAACCAUGCCAACCUCAUCUCCGCACUCUCACGGGACUAUCGCAACCUGAAACCCAAUGCUGUCGCCCCGCAGAGGAAGAUGCCCCUGGAUGACACCAAAGUGAUUAUCCACCAGACACUUAGUGUCUUAGAAGACCUCGUGGAGAAUAUCUCCGGGGAGUCCACCAAGUCCCGGCAGAUCUGCUACCAGUCGCUGCAGGAAUCCGUGCAGGUCUCCCUGGCCCUCUUUCCAGCUUUUAUCCAUCAGUCAGAUGUGACCGAUGAGAUGCUGAGCUUCUUCCUCACUCUGUUUCGAGGCCUUAGAGUACAGAUGGGCGUGCCUUUCACGGAGCAGAUCAUACAGACUUUCCUCAACAUGUUUACCAGAGAACAGUUGGCCGAGAGCAUCCUCCACGAAGGUAGCACUGGAUGCCGGGUGGUGGAGAAGUUCCUGAAGAUCCUUCAGGUGGUGGUCCAGGAGCCUGGCCAGGUGUUCAAGCCUUUCCUCCCCAGCAUCAUCGCCCUGUGCAUGGAGCAGGUGUAUCCCAUCAUUGCCGAGCGCCCCUCCCCUGAUGUGAAGGCUGAGCUGUUUGAGCUCCUUUUCCGGACGCUCCAUCACAACUGGAGGUACUUCUUCAAGUCCACUGUCCUGGCCAGUGUGCAGAGGGGGAUCGCUGAGGAGCAGAUGGAGAAUGAGCCUCAGUUCAGUGCCAUCAUGCAGGCUUUUGGACAGUCCUUUCUCCAGCCUGACAUCCACCUAUUUAAACAAAAUCUCUUCUACUUGGAAACUCUCAACACCAAGCAGAAGCUCUACCACAAGAAGAUCUUCCGGACCACCAUGCUGUUUCAGUUUGUGAACGUGCUGCUGCAGGUCCUGGUUCACAAGUCCCACGACCUUCUGCAGGAGGAGAUCGGCAUUGCCAUUUACAACAUGGCUUCUGUGGACUUUGAUGGCUUCUUUGCAGCCUUCCUCCCAGAGUUUCUGACCAGCUGUGACGGCGUGGAUGCCAACCAGAAAAAUGUGCUGGGGCGGAAUUUCAAGAUGGAUCGGGACCUGCCUUCGUUCACCCAGAACGUGCACAGGCUGGUCAACGACCUGCGUUACUACAGACUCUGCAAUGACAGCCUGCCCCCCGGCACCGUGAAGCUCUAGCACGGCCUGCUUACCGCCAGGGGACGCGAGCUCCGGCUGUCACCUGCCUCCCCUCCGCCCUCUGCCACGGACGGCGCCCGGACAGGCCUCGGCCGCUCCCUGGAUUCUCGCACCCUGGACGGCGGUGCCUGCCCCCCGCCCCUCUCCACGCUUCUCUCCUGCUGCCCACCCAGCCGAGUGGGCUGCAGGGUGCAUCUUAGCGCUGGUUUGAGUGCCCAGGGCAUCGGGAGCGGGCGGAGGGUCGUGCGACCAGGUUCCAGGGAGGCCCCAGGGAAUCCUGCGGGCUGGUCCGCGCCGUGCCCACGGACGUCAGCCACGAGGCAGAAACGCCAAGGACCGCUCAUGACAGUGCCACCUUCUCACCAUUCCGCCCCCGGCCCAGCCGGCCCCGGAGAGACUUGAUGCUGGAACUGUUUUGGCACUUCUGUCAAGCCUCUCCUGCCCUCCCCUCUGGUUGCCUUGAAGUCUCUGCUCUUCGUCAGAGAUUUGCAGACUUGUGGGUUUUUUUGUUCUCGUUUUCUCAUCAUUCCAUUGUGAUACUAAGAAACUAAGAAGCUUAAUGAAAAAAUAAAAUGCUUAUGUUGUUGUUAUAUAAA